UGUUAUAGAUUAAAUCGGAAAUGUAUUUAUCGGGUGCUUUAGGCCAUAAUUCAAAUGAAUGCAAUGGUUUGGUAUGGAAUAACAAUGAGUUAUCAUAUAUAGGACAGGAUGUGCGACAAAUCCCGGCCAUUAUCGCCAAAAUAUAUUCGCCAAAUGCUGUAAAACUGGAUUUAAGUUUUAAUAUAAUCGACACAUUGGAUGGCAUCGAAAAGUUCACAAGUCUUGAGGAACUGAUUCUCGACAAUAAUCUGCUCAACGAUAGCAUCCAAUUCUCAUUCAAUCCAUUGCUUCACACCCUUUCGCUCAAUAAGAAUAAGUUAGCAGAUCUCAACAAACUAUUGGAUCAUUUAUCCAAAAUGUGUCCAAACCUCAGGUUCUUGAGCUUAUUGGGGAACAGCGCCUGUCCUGACCAGUUGUCCCACACCGACAACGACGAGGAUGACUACAAGAGGUAUCGCCGGUAUGUCAUCUACCGAUUGCCUCAUUUGAAAUUUCUGGACUCAACUAAAGUGACCGCUGAAGAGAGAAGGGAUGCCAACCAAAGGGGUCAAUACUUGAAGACAAUUAGACCCGAUGGUCAGCUGUUUGACGAAAAUCAAGAGAGACGAGUUGCCCGCGAGAUAUUUACUCCCCUUCCAAGUGAUACUAAUUCAAGUGGAAGUCACCAAGGGGCGUAUGGAAAACUACGGCACAAAUAUACCGGUAAACACUCUGAAGGCAAUCGAUUCAUACGAAAUCACGAGUUAUAAACACUUUUUCCACAUGUUUUUCAAUUCAACAAAUAAAAUACCACAAAAUGUGAC